AUGUCAGCGGAGUGGCGGAUGAGGCCUUCUUCGCGAGGCUGCUCCGAGAGUCGAUCAUCGAGCAGGGGCAGGAGGUCGCGCCGGCGGCCGCGCUACCUGUCACGCCUCAAGGAGGAAUCCAUCCCAAUCAGCCUCGAUGACAUGGAUUCUCGGAUUCGAGAGGUGUUCAUGAUGUUUGACAAGGACGGCAGCGGGCAGCUGGACAUGGUGGAGCUGAGAGACGUGCUCCACACCUUGAACCCCCACUUCUCGCAGAUGGAGGUCGCCUACUACUGCAAGUGGCUGGACGGGUCAGGCAAUUCUGAUGGGCUGAUCUCGCACAAGGAGUUUAUGGACUGGCUUAAGACAGGCAGCCAGGCUUCGGAGGAGCUCCGAAGGAUCAUCAUUGCUGAGACGGGCUCGUCGGUUUCUGCCAGACUUCGGGAGGUCUUCCGUCGAUUUGACAAGGACAACAACGGGAACUUGGAUCUCGAAGAGAUGUCACGGGUCUUCCGCGUGCUAAGCCCAUCAUUCAAUAUCCGGGAGAUCAAGGAUCUUUUGGACGAGUUGGAUACCGGUGGUGACAAGAGGGUCUCAAGACCGGAGUUCAUGGCGUGGCUUGCGAAGGGAGGCGAGCGGGCCAUCAAUGUGAAGAAGGCCAUCUUGGCCAACACGGGCUUGCGGUGGGAGCAGCGCAUCAGGCAGACUUUCAAGAAGUAUGACACGGAUGGCGAGGGGCUUCUGGAUAUGGAGGAGUUGUCGAAGGCUCUGCAGAACCUGGGCUCCCUAACCUCCGAGGAGGUGCGCAAUGUCUGUGCGAGUCUCGAUGCUUCUGGAGAUGGCAACGUCUCAUUCGAUGAGUUUGCCAACUGGGUCAAAAGUGGGGUGGGCGGGCGCGAGAUCGAGAAAGCGAAAGCUAUCCUGGCACCAAGCGACAGUGAUGGCUUGGAGGCGGCCUUCUACAACUUCUGCGGGGCAGGACGAGCAGAGUUGGAUGGAACCAGCUUUCAGAGGCUCUGCGAGGAUUGUGAGCUCAUGGACAAGACCCUCAAUUCGGCUGCGGUCGACCUCAUUUUUUGCGAUACGCGAGUGAAGCGCAAAGGCCAGCGCACCAUCGACGUGAUCGCCUUUGAGGUGGCCUUAGAGCUCUUGGCAGAGAAGAAGAACAUGAACAAGCAAGACGUGCGGAUGCAGGUGGUCCUGCAGGGCAAGCCUGUAAAGAAGAACUCCAAGCGGAGGUCACCGUCGCCUCCCGGCUUCCGAAGGAGCAACUCAAAGACGUCUGCAUCGAGCGCAAAGAACAGUGCGAAAGGCGUGGAAGACAAGCCCGCACGAGUUGGCCUGCAAUCGCUUUGGCAGGUCUUCGGGCGACAUACAAGUGCCGGAAUGUCGAUUUGGAAGCUUCAGCGCCCUGCGUCGCCGCGGAUUCGGCCCUGGGCUGCUCGCGCCGGAAAGCCUGCGCGCUUCAAGAUUCCAAGGCCAAAGCGCAAAGGAGGACAUGUGGCUCCCGACGACUUCUCCGAUCUUUGUGUGCAGGUGGUGUCUACUGAGAUGCCUUAA